UGAGCUUUAAAAGGCUGGGCUGGAGGUCUGAGGAGGUACACUCUCCUCUCCUCCUGAGUGCUGUGUGGGUCGGUGGGACAGCUUUUCCAUCCUCCAGGCCAGUGAUGCAGGCAUCACCACAGAGCUGGGCCUUCAGGCUGCUCCCUCUCCUCCUGGCCUCUCUCCUGCUUGCCGUUACCGGGAGUAUUGCCACAGCCGAAGAGGAGCAGGAGAAAGAGAGGGACCCAGCCUACUGGAAUGCUCAGGCCAAGGAGACACUCCAAGCUGCGCUGAGACUCCGCCCCCGAGUGCACCGCGCCAAGAACAUCAUCCUCUUCCUGGGGGACGGGAUGGGUGUGUCCACUGUGUCCGCGGCUCGCAUCCUGAGGGGCCAGAUGGAAGGAAGGUCUGGAGAGGAGACAGUGCUCGCCAUGGAUACCUUCCCUUACCUUGCGCUCUCUAAGACAUACAGUGUUGAUAAGCAGGUAGCAGACAGUGCUAGCACAGCUACAGCGUACCACUGCGGAGUGAAGGCUAACGCUAAGACAGUGGGCCUUAGCGCCAAUGCAGUGGCCUACGAGUGCAACACCACGUUUGGGAAUGAAGUGUACUCCGUGCUACAUCGCGCCAAAGCACAAGGGAAGUCAGUGGGCAUCGUGACCACCACACGUGUACAGCAUGCUUCUCCUGCUGCUGCCUAUGCCCACUCAGUGAGCCGCAGCUGGUACAGCGAUGCUGACAUUCCCUCUAGUGCCCGCCGACAGGGCUGUGUCGACAUUGCCACACAGCUGGUGACCAACGUUGACAUUGAUGUUAUCCUGGGUGGGGGGCGGAUGUAUAUGACCCCAAAGGGAACUCCAGACCCUGAGUACCCCACUUCCUCUUCCCGGAAAGGGGAUCGGAAAGAUAAGAGGAACCUCAUUGACGUCUGGAUGAAGGCCCAGCAGGACAAGAAUUCCCAGUAUGUUUGGCACAGGAAGCAGUUUGACGAGAUUAAUGUAAAGACUACUGACCGUCUCCUGGGUCUCUUUGAGCCAAAGGACAUGCGGUUUGAGGUUUUCCGGAAUGCCACACGUGACCCGUCCAUCGUCGAGAUGACAGAGAAAGCCAUUCAGAUCCUCAGCAAGAACCCCAAAGGCUACUUCCUCUUUGUAGAAGGAGGGAGAAUUGACCAUGGGCACCAUGAUGGCAUUGCCAAGCUGGCGCUGACUGAGGCUGUGAUGUUUGACCGGGCGGUGCAACGAGCCUCCCGGCUCACCAGAGAAUCAGACACCCUCACUGUCGUUACCGCAGACCACUCCCACGUCUUCACCUUCGGAGGAAACACCCCCCGUGGAAACCCCAUCUUUGGUUUGGCACACAAGAAGGCAGAUGAUAGGAUGCCAUUCACUAGCAUCCUGUAUGCCAACGGUCCUGGUUAUGUACAUGUGAAUGGAACGAGAGGAAACAUCACAUUGGUGGAUUACUACGAUGAAGAGUACAUGCAGCAAGCUGCAGUCCCUCUGGACUCUGAGACCCAUGGCGGGGAGGACGUGGCCAUCUACGCCAAAGGCCCCAUGGCCCACCUCUUUCACGGGGUCAAAGAGCAGAACUAUAUCGCCCACGCCAUGGCCUACGCAGCCUGCAUCCCACCCUACACGGACUGCCCACCACAUCCGCCCGCCUCAACCGGACACACACACACCCUCUCUGGGCUGCUUUUCUGUCUGGCCAGCCUCCUCUGGUUCCUGUUCAGAUGACGACACACAAUCCAACAAUCAUGGGUACAGUGUCCAUAUUAGGACAGUUACCGGUCCAUGAAAGUUGUGUCAGAGAUGGUGGAAAUGGGAUAGUUCUAGGUUGUCUAUUUUGGAGAAGUGUCUAGAUUGCUAUGUCAUAUUGCACUGCAGCAAUUUCUAACCAUCCUUAUAAGGUUCUAAAUGGAACAUGUAAGGUGCUAUAAAGAUAAUUUUCUUAAGGUUCUAUAAAGAACCAUUAAGAAAGGUUCUAUAUAGCACCAAAACAGGAUUCCGCUAUGCUUACAACCCUGUUUGGGGCUAUAAAGAACCCUUUUUUAUGGUUCUUUAUAGAACCUUUAUGGAGAAUGGUUCUAUAAAUAACCUUUCACAAUCCGAAAGGUUCUUUGUAGAUCCUUUUGAAGAACCAUAAAGGGUCUUUUAAUCUGGUCAGCCAUAUUAUAUUGUUAAAAUUCCAUCUGAGUUAUUAUUGUGUUAAUUGACAAGUAGAAUCAAGUGAGCUACCUCUGGAACAACUGGGAGUCCCUGAGUAGAGAAUUGAGAAGCACUGAUUGAUUUAGUCAACCGUUCUCAACUGACACAAGGUCAUACGCGAGUCUUUCACAAGACACCGUCACUGGUCACAGUCAUAUAUAAUAUGUAAUGGAAUAACACAACACAUUAGAUAAACUGGAAUUACACUCUUACUUACGGUUGCACAAAAAGAGCUGUGACUAAAACCACGGUCCAAAAUAUUCGUAUGAGCCACUAAAAGAGCAAAGAAUCCUUUUCUGAACUGUAAAGAACCAUUGAAGAGCUCAAAGGGUUAUUGGAGUCAUUAUGGUUCCACUUAGAACCAUCACAAAUCCCAAAGAACCCCUUGAGGAACCCUCAUUUUUUAGUGUGUACACUAUUAAUGUGGUUUGCAGUGAAACUGGAAAAAAGGAGACCUGGAAUGUCACCAAGAUAUAUUUCCUAGUAGAAGUAGGCCUUACUAUAAACUCCAAAGAGAUGGGGUCUGUAUAUUUUAUUUGCAAUCACUAAUAGCUGGACUAAGCCAAUGAGAUGACUGUGGUAACUAAAGAAGAUGUAGUGGCUUAAGUAGUAUGGUCAGGUAUCUAAAUUGUAUGGCAAUUUAAAAUGGAGCUGACCAUAGCUCAAAUAAACCUAAAUACUAAAUAUAGAGAUGUUUUUAUGUUAAAUGCACAUGUUUAGUAUUAGUGGAUUGAAUACAUCUCUUUGCUUAGAUGUGUUUCCAUUCCCCUUUAAGCAGUAUGGUCAGGUAUCCCAGACACCGGUCAAGCCUAGGCGUCCCGCUAGCGGGACAACUUCCGGUGAAACUGGAGGGCGCGCAAUUCAAAGAAAUAAUCAUAAAAAUUAUGGAUAUUAAACAUUUAGGCACAUACAAGUGUCUUAUAUCGGUUGAAAGCUUACAUUCUUGUUAAUUUAACUGCACUGUUUGAUUUACAGUAUCUAUUACAGAGAAAGCAUGCCAUGCGAUUGUUUGCGGACGGCGCCCCACAUCAAAAUAUUUUUCCACCGGCACAGGUUUCAUAAAUUCACAAAUAGCGAUUAAAUAUUCACUUACUUUUUGAAAAUCUUUCUCUGAUUUGUCAUCCAAAGGGUCCCAGCAGGGACAUCACUAGAGAUUCAUGGAUAGGGGGGGGUCUGGGCAUACUCCCCCAGGAUUUGUUUUAAAGCCCCCAAAACGUCUUUUCAUCAUGUAUUAUUAGAGUAACAACGGGUGUAAAAUCGAUCAAAAUAAGGUUAUUUUUGGUCAAGGUUGGCUAAAAGUAUAGCUGUCUCAUAGUUUGUGUUAGACACGGAUCUAAUAUGACUUACUUAAAUUCUAUCAAAAAUAAAGAAAUGAAAGUCCAA